UAUAUAUAUAUAUAUCCAUACAAUAUCAGAGUAUUAAUUCAUCAAGAACACACAUAUAUAGAUAUCAUGGGCAGUUUAACAAAAAUGGAACACAGAGUGAAGUCCUUUGGCUACGCAGCUAGAGAUACAUCUGGAGUACUCUCCCCCUUUAACUUCUCACGAAGGGAAACAGGAGAUGAAGAUGUGAGAUUGAAAGUUUUAUAUUGUGGGAUCUGUCACUCUGAUCUUCAUAUUGCCAGAAACGAUUUUCAUAAUGCCAACUACCCCGUGGUCCCUGGGCAUGAAAUUGUGGGUGUUGUGACUGAAAUCGGAACUAAAGUCAAAACAUUUAAGGUUGGAGAAAGAGUUGGGGUCGGUUUUAUGAUUGGAUCAUGUCGUUCUUGUGAACACUGUGUGGCUGAUCUAAACCAAUAUUGUCCUAAACUAGUACUAACCUACAAUGAUCCUGUUAUGGGCACUUAUGGAGGGUACUCUGACCACAUGGUUGUCAAUCAAGACUACAUCAUAUCUUGGCCCGAAAACUUCCCCCUUGAUCGUGGUGCACCUCUUUUAUGCGCUGGCAUUACUCUUUACAGCCCACUAAAAUAUUAUGGGCUGGAUAAACCUGGAAUGCAUAUAGGGAUUGUUGGUCUUGGUGGGCUGGGUCAUGUAGGUGUUAAGUUUGCAAAAGCUUUUGGAGUUAAGGUAACUGUCAUUAGUACUUCGCCUAAUAAAAAAGAAGAAGCUAUUAACAAUCUUGGUGCUGAUUCAUUCUUGCUUAGCCAUGAUCAAGCACAAAUGCAGGCUGCAGUGGGUACAAUGGAUGGUGUUAUUGAUACAGUCGCGGCUGAUCAUUCUAUUGGGCCUUUGAUUAACCUGUUAAAGCCAUAUGGUAAAUUAGUUGUGGUCGGAGUCCCAAUCAAGCCGCUCGAGUUACCUGUUAUUCCAAUGGUCAUGGGGAGGAAAAUGGUGGGAGCAAGUUUAGCAGGAGGGAUAAAGGAGACGCAAGAGAUGAUAGAUUUUGCAGCAAAACACAAUAUAACAGCAGAAGUUGAGGUCAUUCCGAUCAACUAUGUUAACACUGCGAUGCAACGUCUUGAGAAAGCUGAUGUUCGUUAUCGCUUCGUCAUAGACAUUGCUAACACAUUAUAAGCUGUGUAAUUUCGUGUUCAAAUAUAAUCCAAAACUCGGGACCCAAGCGUCUACAAGUUGGAUUAGUCAUACCAUUGUAUGUUUUCGGCUUUGUAAGUUGUCAACCAUAGUAUAUGACUAUAUGGUGUGUAUUAAUAUAUCAGUUGAUGUCCAUGGCCCAUUUAUCUAUAACUUUUAUCACUGGGCCUCUCCCAAUUGCUCUGGCCUAGUGGGCUGCCUUCUUAGGCGUGUAAUUUGGAUAGCUUCUUAUUUUCAUUUUCGUUACACUUUUGUCAAGACUCAAGAGUGAUUCAUGUUUAUGAGUAUUCUGUUAUAUUCUA